AUGUCAAGCCGGAAUUCAGAGGGGAGGGUCUUCACCUUUGUAGACUACGACAUCAACCGUCGCGGAGUCACCGAUACGGCUCGGGCGCAUUUGAUGAAAGAUCGUGUGCGGUCGAAACGAGAAGCCAGGUCAGAAUGGGUUUCUCGCAACCAGUUCUCGCCGCUACGUUGGAUGCGACCAAAAGAGGAUAACCACCAACCAAAUGCAGGCAGACCAGAUGCGAAGUUGUCCAGCUCGGACGAAUCAGAGGCGAUGACAAAACCUCGAAUCUCGCACUAUGCGGCAGUUAUUGAUUUUGAGCGUGACAGCGUGACGGUGUCGCCUUUCGUCAGGAAGCCGCGGUCGCAGUCGCCGCGGUCGAGGACGGGCACAAAGUCCCAGCCCCGUAAGAACUUGGACAUGCAUGACAACUCUUCCGAAAGCAGUGCCUCCGAUCGAAGAAAUGGCCGGUCACCGGAAGAAGGCUGUCGGAUGGAAAUGUCCCGGCUCAAUUCCCCCUUUCUCGAUGCAGAUUCCCCCAGGUCCAAUGCAAGUCUCGUCGAUUGCGAGCCAAUUGCCUCAAACCCAAGAAGGACCAGCAUAGAAAGUCGGUCCGAAUUCGGUCUGGCACUCUUGGACGGGCUAAGGAUUGCAAACACGCCGCCUCCGCAACGACCAAUCGAGCUGAACGCCGGAUUGGAGGAAGAGUCGCAACGGAUCAUUUUGCAAGCUCUCCACGAAUCCGCUGCCAGAUUAGAGACCGUUUGGACGCCACUCGAUCAUAACCUGCUGAGAUAUUUUGCUGUAAAUGCUGUACCCAUGCUUGGGCUGGAUGUAUAUCCAGAGAUCGUCCAAAAACACGACCCCGUGCUGCAGCUGUUUCUGCCCUAUGCCACCUCCAGCCAGUGGUGUUUCGAAACUAUGAUACUGCUAUUCAGUGCGAACCAUCGUCGGAGAAACGAGCCGCCGCCCGAGCAUGGUCACCUGGACGACGAGAACCACUACCUCGCCUCUCGGCAGAACCUCAUCCUUGCGAGAACACGCGAGAGGAUAUCUUCCCUGGCCAAUUGCAACGAUUCAAGCGACGAAGACGUGGUGGCAUUUCUGUUCCUGGCUCUUGCCGAGUACUGCACCGGCAACCGACAAAUUGGUCUUAUGCACUUCAAAGCCUGGAGAGAAUACUGCGAGAUGCGGCGGGUUUUUGUCAUUCGGCCAUGCGGACUGCCCUGUAAAACCAUUGUCUGGUGGUGUGUCUCGGUGAUGUGUGAGGACGAUGUUUCCCUGGAUGGGAUCAUUAACCCCACCACUAGAGCAAGGAUACGCGAGGAUCCGGGAAAGCUGUUCAGGUAUUAUGAGUCUUUGAACGGCGCAGGGUACGUCGACAUGGCGCAACUGUCUCGUCCGGAGCUUUGUGAAAGGCGUAUCACUUGUUGA